AUCGUAUGUCGGUACGACUGUUCAGUGGCUAAGCAAAGCUAGCUAGUGCUUGUUUUUAUGGUUAUGCUUAUCCGCGUUUAUAUGUUGCUCUUAUUUUAUAUUUCCACGCCAGCAAAUAGUGCAGGUCGCGUUCUGUAUAACUGCGUGUUUUUUAUCAAAGCGGAACGCUGAUGUGAAUCAGAGAUGCCGGUGCCAGCGGUCUGAGGCAUGUGGCGGAUUAUGAUCCAGACGGGCGUUCCUUGUGCAGUCACAUCCAGGACUUUCAAUCUCGCAUCAUGUCCUCUUCCGCCGCCAAUGAGGCGUCCACCGUGUCCUGAGCGCCACCUUCUGGCCUUUCUGACCGCCGGGGUGCGUCCAGCCCACUCAUGCCGGUGAUCCCUAUCCCGAGGCGGGCGCGUUCCUUCCACGGCCCCCACAGCACAUGCAUGCACUCGGCCUGCGUCCCGGCGCGCGCCUCCCAGCUGCUGCGCACCAACUACAGCAACUUCGACCUGUACCUGAAGUCGCGCUGGGCGUACGGCUUCGUGCGCUUCCUGCUGUAUUUCGGGUGCAGCCUGUUCACCUCGCUGCUGUGGGCGGCGCUGGCGGCGCUGCUGUGCCUGGAGUACGUGUCCGUGCGCGUCGUCCUGCGGCUGCAGUACAAGCUGUCCGUGAUCCUGCUGCUGCUGGGCCACCGCCGGCUGGACUUCAGCGUCCUGAACGAGCUCUUCAUAUACAGCAUGCACAUCACCAUGUUCCUGGUCGGGGGCCUCGGCUGGUGCUUCAUGGUUUUCGUGGACAUGUAGGAAGGAGCGGUUGCUUUGUGGUGUUCUCGCACUGGAGCUACGAGGCUAAUGUAGUUAUAUGCCCAAAAUAUUCACCCCUAUUACAGGACCAAAUUUUAUAAGCUUGCGUUAUUAUUUAGUCUCAUUUUAAGAUAAACAAUGUCAAACAGGGUUCCUUAGUGCUGCUGCAAUCGCAGCCUCUGCUGGCUGGUCGAGGCGUCUCCAGGAAAGCGGAUCGAUUCACAGCUGGUAGUACGUGCAGGUGAAAAGAAGCGGUCGCUGAUUCCACAUGAGUUGCAGAUACUCUGUGGCUCUUCUCGGUCAAGUUUGGGGGCUUCAGCAGGUCCAGAUUGGGAGGAAAAUGGAAAAAAAUGCAAAAAUAGAAGAAGAAAAAAAUGGAAAUAACCUAAGGUUAAGGUACUGGACUAGCAAUCAAAAGGCUGCCAGUUCAAGCCCCACAGCUGCCAAGUAGCCACUGCUGGGCCCCUAACUCUCAAUUGCUCAAACUAUGUCCAGUCAUGGAUAAAAAUGCAUUUUGUGGCACUUAUAGCCUUGCCGUUAAGGUACUGGACUAGUAAGCAAAAGGUUGCCAGGUUGCCACUGUUGGGCCCUUAACACUAAAUUGCUUAGACUGUAUAAUGUACGUCGCUUUGGAUAAAAGCGUCUGCUUAAUGCCCAAAAUGUAACUGUGCGGGCGCUUGGGUGGCACAGUGGUAAAUCCCACUAGGCCACUACCGCUGAGAACCAGGCUUUGCUAUUGGCUGGUUGGGCGUCUACACAGACAUGAUUGGCUGAUGUCUUGCGAGUGGGGAGGUUACCUAAACAACUAAGACAUGGGGGGGUGCACUUGUCAGUGCGCUCUCAGUGUUGAUCCCAAGUCCGGGUGAAAAUAAGGAGCAUCCGGCAUAAAAACGGUGCCAAGUCUGGUAUGAGAAUCAGAUCCACUGUGGCGACGCCUAAAUAAGGGAGCAGCCCAAAGAAAUAAAAAGAAAUUCUAUUUUAGCCUCUUAUUUUAGCCUGGCAGCACCAGUGCAGAAGGAAAACGUCCGUGUGCGGUGAGGGGACGUUGUGUAGAUGUUAUUCAUGCUGCUCUUUUAUUUGUAAGCAGCACUGAAAUGAAAAAUCUGAACGUGCCAAAAUAUUCGAUGUGUACAGACGUUCUUGCAUGAAGGCAGAUGAAACCAGGCAGUGUUGGAUUUCUGUAGUGAUUCGGUUUCUGAGGGAAAAAAUCAGCAUGUUUUGUUGUGCGUUCUUUAUUUGUGUUGGUUUAUGAUAUGUGUGAACAUGCAGUCAUUGUAGCAGUGAGGAAAACUAAUUACACUAAUUAGUCACUUUGAAGUGCAGUAAGGUGCGAUUUGAGACGCAGCUUUCUGGAAAUCUAUGCCAAAACCUUUUAAUUCCAGUUUAAAUUUCACUGAUUGCUGGAAUCAGACAAGCACUUGAGUUUUUGUUUUUUAAUUUAUCAUGAUGUACAUGCAGUUUGCAUGCUCCCGGGCACUCGGGUGGCACCACGGGUCUAAUAGUUGAAAUCCUGGGUUCGAGUUUUGGCAAUGCUACCGACCUGACCAGCCGAUCAGCAGACACAGUCGACUGUUUGAGAGAGGGAAGCUCUAAUGCAACAGUGACCCCUGCUGUCUGCUUUAGCUACUGCACUCAUAGCCAAUGGACUCGUCGUGAGUUUGCUCCCAACUUGGUCAGUUUGGGGGGUUGUGCAAGUGACACGAGCACUGAAAUUGGGAAUUGGGCAUGCCUAAAUUGGAAGAGGAAAAAAAGAAAAUCACGACCAAUCCAGAAACUUGAGUGAACUUGAACUUGGGCGAGUUCUAAACGACUUUAGGAGUGACAUGGUGCGCUGAACUGUGCAGAGAAGCAUCAAAACCAGCUGAAUAUGUCUUAAAUUGUUUAAUUGGACAGUGUGCUGUUUUAAAAUGUGUCUAAAAACGUUUGAAAAUGCUUUAAAGAAAAGCUAGUGUGUCGUUUUUUUAAUAAAAACGUGGACUUGGUAUCACACUCACCAAAAAUACCUCUUAUAUCAGUCCACUAGGUGGCGGUAGGCAUGCAUAGCAUGUCCAAAAAUAUGUAGACACUCGUAGUCAUUGAGUUCAGGUGCUUCAUUGCUCACAGGUGACUAUGUGGCAACAGUUUGGGACUUUUUUGUUCCAUCAUGACUGCACCCCUGCUGUCAGGCUUGACGAGUGGUGGGCAGGAAGUCCCCCGACCUCAUCAAGGCUUCUUUAAUUAAAUGGGCCCAAAUUCCCACAGACGCACCCCGUUCCUCUGUACACAGACAGUAGGCACCGCUGCUGCAGUCCUUUCUCCCUCAGGCAUAGUCAGUUGUGUUGUAGAGCACCCGGUUAGGCCAGUGGCACGCCGACCCUUGAACCCAGGUCUCUGGUGGUGAGCUAGACGUAUGUGCCAAGGUCCGGCGCUGUGUAGUCUUAAUAACCAGUCACAUGAUCUAGGAUUGUUUAGUGUGUGGGGGGGGGUAACUUUACUAACCCGUUUACAGUAGCCUUGUUUCGACACUGCCAACUAGACCAACAUGAGUCUGAUGCCCCGUGUUGCACUGCUGAGUGUUUCGGCGCCAGUCUGGCGAGAGGUCAAAACGGCUCGGCACAGUCUGCUAUUGUCUGCGGAUCAGGGCAUCAUGUGCCUCACGCCUGGCCCGGCGCUCUCUGUUUUAUUUUAAGGCGUUUCGGUGACAUUCGGGUUCCUGUGCAGGGUCGAACAUCUGGAUUUUGGAUCAGACGGCUGAAUUUGUGCCACUGAAUGCAGCCACCACCAGCAGCUCAGUAGAAAGUUUUAAAAUAAACGUAUUAAACAUUUGA